AUUUCCACAUCCCCACAUUUCCUCUCCAAGUUUUCCUCUCCCCAAACACCCAAUCCACCAUGUCUCUCAAGCACUGCGAAUGCCAAGAUGAGCGUCGGAAGCUCAAACGCCGCAUAUUCUGCGUCGUCCUCGCCUUCAUCUUCCUCGUCCUCUUCGUCAUCUUCCUCAUCUACGUCAUCCUCCGCCCCUCAAAGCCACACUUCGUCCUCCAAGACGUCACCGUUUUGGCCCUCAAUACCUCCUCCGCACCCGGCUUCCUGACCACCAACAUCCAAGUCACCGUCUUCUCCCGAAACCCCAACGGCCGAAUCGGAGUCUACUACGAAAAUCUCGACAUUUUUGCCACCUAUCGCAGCCAACAGAUCACGCUACCUGCGCUGUUGCCCACCACCUACCAGGGCCACAAGGACGUCAUAGUUUGGUCGCCAUUUUUGUACGGAAAUUCAGUUCCCCUGGCUCCCUAUCUCUGUGAUAUGCUGAGCCAGGACUUGAUGACUGGGAUGGUAUUGUUGAAUGUGAAGAUUGAUGGGAGGGUGAAGUGGAAGGUGGGUACCUGGAUCUCCGGUAGCUACCACAUCCACGUCAACUGUCCCGCCUAUAUCUCCUUCUGUGAAGGGAAAGAUUGUAUCGGAUUUGGGCCGACGGUCAAGUAUCAGUUGGUGAAGAGUUGCGCUGUGGAUGUUUAGCCUUGUUAGUCCUUUUAUUUUUUGUUUUUUUCCUUCCAGUUUAUUAUCUCAAUUAGUGGGUUUUUCUUUAAUUCAAACAAAAAAAUUUGGUUUUAAUUAGUUUUAAUGUAUCGUCUCUCUUAGUUGUUAGCUUGUUGUGUGUACGGUUUUUCUCUUUUCACUAAACAAAGAAUGAAGAAAGAAGGUUCAUCGAUGAUGCUGAAAA